AUGUCAAGAUUCACUGAACAUUUCGACAUUGAAACCACUACUCAAUUCAUGUACAAUCAAUCAAUAUCAUCGCCAUCAAAAACUUCCUUUUUCUCAAUGUCAUCGUCAGAAUCAAGUUCUCCUGUCCAACAAUACCGUUCCAUCACUGUUGAUACUAUUCUCACUCAAUCACUAAGCUCGUUUGACAGUGAAUGUUCAUCAUCGCCUACAAGUUACGAAGAAGACAAGCCAUCGAAAAACAAGCUCAAGCGAUUUCUUACUACAAUGUCCAAGAAGAAGCGUUCCAUGUCGAACCACUCACAAUAA